GAUUGUUACAUUCAAUUGAGCAGCUAAUAAUUUUUAAGUUGUGAGAUAUUCUAACCUAUUGAAAAAAAAUAUAGAAGAAUUAUUCUGAAUAAUUAAAAUGGGAUGCAAUGCGAGCAAUCAUCGUUGCGAAACAAUGUCUAUGUACCAAAUGUUUCUGCCCUACGACUCGGCCUAUGAAAUAACAGCAAUUUUGGGAGAGUCUGCUCUUGUCGAAUUCAGAGAUUUGAACUCAGGAACGUCGUCUCACAAUAGACUAUUCAAAAAAGACGUACAGAGAUGUGUGAAAAUUGAGCAGAAAUUGGAAUUCAUCACAACCGAAAUGAAGAAGGAUGACAUCAAGCCGGAGAAAAGAAAGUUUUGGAUCGAAGACGACGAGCCAUUUGCGCCAAAUCCUACUGAGUUGUUUGAUGUUGAGGUAAAAACAUGCUUUCCAAUGAAUUAUUGUUCUGAAACUGAAACCGUAAAAAACCAUUGGAUUUUAUGGGAGUGUUCACACUACCCUACUCUGCCAGUCUGUGACCACACCAAUACCACAGCUAGAAUCUCAUUAGAAAUCAGUGCUCCAGCAUUUGAGGCAGUGGUAUGA